AUGCGGGGGCUGUGGCUGAUUGGGCUAGUCGUGCUGCUCACAGCUGCAGCGUCCGUGGUGUCAUUCCUCUCACAGGGCCGCACCCCAGCGGCCGUUCUCUGCCAGGGCGGGGCGGCGAAAGAGCAGGAGCUGCGCGAGGAAAACGAGCGAAUCAGGGCCGAGCUGGCCAGGCUGCAGAGGCAGGCUGAGGGCGCCACGCUGGCGGCGGCCGUCCCAGCGGCCGGGGCGCGGGCGGGAAGCAGAGCCGAGGCCGCACUCGGCCUCGUAAUCCAGCUGAAGGGCCUGCUGUCUGGUCCAGGGGCGGCGCAGUACCAGUCGGCCCUCGGCCAGCUCGAGGCGCAGGCCCGGGCCGAUGUGGCAGCCGCCCAGUCCGAGAGCACCGCCGCAGGCGCGGAGACCCCUGUGUCGGAGGGCGUUGCGCAGGCCAGGGCUGAUGCGGCAGCCGCUCAGCGCGAGAGCACCGCCGCAGCAGGCACAGGCGGGCCGACGACGGUGCGAGAGACGGGUGCCGGCCCACCAGAGGGCGCAGGCGUGGAGGCCCCCGUGUCGGAGGGCGUUGCGCUGGACAGCCCGUUCGGCUUGGAGUCAGCAAAAAUCCUCCCUCACCUGAAGACAGACCUGCGUGGAGUCUAUUUUCUCAAGACGCCAAAGUCAGCGGGGACUUCGUUCAAGAAGGACCUGUGGUGGUCGUAUUUCAAUUUUGUUAGUCCCGGAACCGUUUGGGUCAUCGAGGAGGGGUGCUAUGGGUGGCACACAGAUGGGAAGGACACCAUCCCAACGGACAGCGUCAUGACAAUGGUGCGCAACCCCCGUGACCAUGUGCUUUCGCAGUAUUUCCACUGCAAGAGAGAGAAGCACCCAGAGUUGCCUGACACCUUCCAGCAGUGGGUACGGAACUGGACGGUCAUGCGCGCCAGCGGGGAGGCACUUGGGCUCAUGAAGCCAGAUAUCAGACGCCAUCAGUGGGUAAACCAAGCAAAAGCGGGGGUGCCUUUCAAGUGUUAUGUCCCGAUUGACAUGCAGUGCCGUCACCUCACUUGCAAUGUGCUCUUCAAUGUCAGCCAGCAGAGCGAUGUGGAUGGUGCCGUGAGAAACAUGGAGUCGGCUUGGUUUGUUGGAAUAACCGAAGCGUACCACGAAUCUUUUUGUCUUUUCCUUGCAAAGGUCUACGUCAGCCAGCCGCUACCUCAUUCCUGCAACUGCAGGAAUGUUUCUGCCUGGGGCUCCAUGCACAUGACGCACGACGCCCACGGUACAGUCAAGCACACUGUCAAGGACUACACGGAUGAUUUCUUUUUGGAGGUGGAUGCGCUCAUUGCGGGGGACAUUGCGCUAUACAAGGCUGCGCGGGCGCGCUUUCUGCGCGAAGUCGAGGAGGUCGAGCGUCUGCGCGGGGUACAAAUUUUAUGCGACGACACGCGGAAGAGGGUAUUCGAGUAG